AUGCAUCGUUGCAUGAAUUCAAAAAAGCAUGAGUUAAGCAACAUAACUAGUGAAUGCAUUUCAAGUACAAAAGACACUUCUCUGCAUGAAUCUGUCUCAAAUACACAAGAAACUUCAAAAGAUCUACAAAACACAGUUAUUUGUUCUAUAAGUUCAGGUGAAAGAGUAUCAAAAAGACAACUGAGCCUUGAAGAUGUCUUUUUCUGCAAUAAGAUUGCUCGGAGUGCUUGUGAAGAAUCCAUAAACAACCGACGUUCUAAUAAAUGUGAAUAUUGCAGGUUAGAUCACAACAUAAACUCAAAAUGGAGACAUCACCUGAAAGAUGAGUUUGAAAAGCAAUAUUUUAUGGGAAUAAAGAAAUUUCUUCAUGAAAACACGGAUCACCUGCCACCAGUUAACAAGAUAUUUUCUUUCAUGGACUACUUUGAAUUAGAACAAACAAAAGUAGUCAUAAUUGGUCAGGAUCCAUAUCACAAUGUUGGACAAGCAAUGGGAUUGUCAUUUUCAGUUCCUGUAGGCAUGCCUGUCCCACCAAGUCUAAGAAACAUAUACGCUGAGCUAGCGAAUGAUAUUGAAAACUUUGUAAUUCCAGCUCAUGGCAAUCUUUCAAAGCUAGCAGAACGUGGUGUUUUAUUGCUCAAUGAUGUUCUUACUGUCACAAAAAAUAAGCCAAACUCACAUGCAGACAUAGGAUGGAGGGAAUUUACAGAUAGAAUCCUACAGCUGAUAAACAAUCAUUGCACAAACGUUGUGUUUAUGCUAUGGGGAAGACAUGCACAAGCAAAAGGAAAAUCCAUAGAUAAGCGCAAGCAUCUUGUACUGGCAUGUGGCCAUCCAAGCCCAUUCAGCUCGAAGAUGUUCUUUGGAUGCAGGCACUUCUCAAAGGCAAACAAAUAUCUCUGCUCACACAGAAAGUCCCCAAUCAACUGGCAAGUGUAA